AUGGCUUCUGCCGCUGACUCCGGUGCGCCUGCGACUGGGCCUUCAGGCCCUCCGAAGACUCCUGGCCAGAGUGAUGCGCCGCUGCCUCCUGUGCCCAUCAAUGUUGGCGCCGGCGCUCAGCUCAGUUCCGCAAGCAAGGAACAAGUACAACAUGUUCUGUCUUCAGAUAUCGGCAUAACCACGUUGCUGAGCCGCUUGAAACAAAGUAUUGCAUCUACGAGAGAUUUUGCCGGUUUCCUGAAAGAACGAGCUUCACUUGAAGAAAGACAUGCGCACGGGAUGAAACGACUCACGCGAAGUACGCUUGAUCAAAUAAGAAGACCGGAAAGCCGACAAGGCUCCUUCGCACAGAACUAUGAGGAGUUUACGCGAACCCACGACCGAAUGGCCGACCACGGCUCUCAGUUUUCCACCGCGAUCCUCCAAAUGUCAGAAGAGCUAUAUGAACUAGCGGCAAACUCGGACAAAGAGAGAAAACACUGGAAACAGACUGGGCUGUCCGCUGAGAAGCGUGUGCAGGACGCCGAAAAUGCCAUGGAGAAGGCAAAGAGCAAAUACAAUUCGCUGGCAGAGCAAUUUGACAGAGCCAGGACCGGUGAGCGACAACCUGGCAAACUGGCCGGUUUCAAAAAGUCUGCCGCACAGCAAGAGGAGGACCUUCAGCGAAAAGUUGAAGCUGCAGAUGGCGACUACGCUCACAAGGUCCAGGUAGCGCAAACGAUGCAGAACGAACUGGUAACGGUUCUGAGACCGCAGACUGUCGCAGCUUUACAAGAUUUGAUCAAGGAGACGGACGCGGGCCUCACUGUGCAGAUGCAAAGAUUCGCCGCACAAACAGAGAAGCUACUUCUCGGCUAUGGCCUGACUGUCACGCCAAUAAAGGGACAACAAUCUGGUGGCACAACUAGGAGUCUCAGAGAUGUGGCUGCAAGCAUCAAUAACGACAAGGACUUUGUAGACUUUGUCCUGCAAUUCACCCAUAAAGCAGGAAUAAGAGGAGACAACAUCCGAUAUGAACAGCAUCCCUCAUUAUCGCCCAAACAAGCUCAACCAUCCUCCUCCUCCUUUGGGCCCCCGCGACCAGAUCCGUAUGGAAACUAUAACCCUGCCAACCACGGCAGGCAAAUAUCUGGCGUGACUCCUUAUCAAGGUGACGAGCACGAAGAGCGGUCCACACAUCAGGGACCAGGCCCCAAUUAUGGUGGCCCAUAUCCAGGGCCUCCUGGGCAGCAAAGCAGUUAUGGGCCUCCUUCGAACCAGCCUGGGACCCGAUUGUCAGCCUCAGGCGCCCCUCAGCUACCUCAAUUAGACUCUAUCAGUGGUGACCGGUUUAUCGACAAUACAUCUGGUGGUGAUCUGGCACCACUUCAUACUCGCAAUGCAUCGCAGCCGCCAAGUGGCGCACAAGGCGAUGGACUAUCCUCAUUUCCCCGUCCUGCUCCCUCCCAGGGCCCGUCAAACGGCCCAGUUCAGUCAGGGCCGCCAAACUCUGAACCUAAUCGUCCACCACGAGCCGGCUCUCUAGGUCAGCAAGGCUCGUUUCCCAGCAGCGGUCCGACAAGUCCGCAAGGGAUGGGAGCACGCCCUUCUAAUCUUGGCCAGUCAGCUCAAAUGCCAGGCCAAAGUGAAUCUCAUGUUGGAGGUUUUGGUGGGCCGCAAAUGGGUCAACCUGGUGCUCCCCAAUCGUCAAUGGGACAAGGCCAAAGUUCUCCUGGUCCAAGCCCAGGUCCCGGAUACAACCCCGCGCUGCGAACAACUGGUCCCGGAUCAGGACCGCAGCAAGGCAUGCCGCCUCAAGGAAGAGAAGGCCCAGGAUCUCCAUCGCUGCAAAGCGGUCCAAAUGGCGGACCCCGACCGGGACCCAGCAUGAACGGAGGGCCGCAAAACGGACCACCAUGGCCUACGCAGGGAUCUUCCAACGGUGCUGGCCGAGGGCAAUAUGCUGGUUCUGGCGGAAGCAUCAAUGCGCUACCCUCGCGGCAAAACGGACUAAUGGCUGGUCCUCCAGUCAAGCCGGUCUUUGGAGUAUCAUUGGACAAUCUAUUCCAGAGAGACGGAACGGCGGUCCCGACAAUUGUAUAUCAGUGUGUGCAGGCUGUUGACUUGUACGGGCUUGAGGUCGAGGGCAUCUACAGGACUUCAGGCUCGGCACACCACAUUAUGGAAUUGAGAAGAUUAUUCGAUCAAGACGCCAGUGCAAUCGACUUCCGCAACGCCACGAGUUUUUACAAUGAUAUUGCAUCAGUCACAACACUUCUCAAGCAUUUCCUCCGCGACCUCCCCGACCCGCUGCUGACGGCGGAACAAUACCAAGCCUUCAUCGAAGCCGCCAAGCUCGAGGACGACAUUGUCCGUCGAGACUCCAUCCACGCUCUCGUCAAUUCCCUCCCGGAUCCGAACUAUGCCACUCUCCGAACUCUCGUUCUUCACUUGCAUCGUGUCGCCGCUCACAGCGACAAGAACAAGAUGACGCAGAGUAACCUUGCCAUUGUGUUUGCGCCGACCUUGAUGGGUCGCGCAGGUGGCGCCAACGGACAGGCACCCGGGGCCGGCUCUGAUAUCGCCGAUGCAGGAUGGCAAGCCAAGGUGGUUGAGACGAUAUUGAACAAUACCUUUCAGAUCUUUGAUGAUGAUGAAUGA